AUGACCUCUCUUGAGAUAGUCAUCAGGGUGCACUGGAUCAAACGGAAUAACGAAGAGCCAAUCCUCAACCUGGACCACUUGCAGCCUAUUUUGGACAACAUCGUCACUCACUGUCACAGCCUGCGCAGCUUCUGCCUAGCUUUCUUAGGCGCCAGCGACAAGUAUGACCGUGCGUGCGAGAUUCUCGAUGGCCUAGCGUUGCCCAUGGUCGACGCAUUCUACCGUUCCAAGCUGCUACGGGACAUGAGAGUUGAGCUGCCCGCUGAGGCAUAUAAGCAGGCGAAUGAUUGGAAGAUGAUGGACCACCCGCACGAGGCGCCCGCCAAGGAGUGGAACAGAAGAGCCCUUUGGAGGUGCUUGGAUGGCGAGGAGCCAACAGUUCAGUAUAGGUCCUGCGAGCGCUACCCGCAUCCGCCGCUUAAGCUGCCGCUACAGGAUGGUGAAGACGACACCGUGGGAAGCAACGGGUACUGGUUCCGUGAAGGCGAUGAGGGACCAUUGGGCGCAUACUUCGUCUGUUCGGUGGGAGGAUAA